AUGAGCGCGCCGCCGCCCACAUCCUCCGCUAUCCCCGAGCACCUGCGGCCGCCGCCCGUCACCCCCGCCGACCACCACCACCACCACCAUGAGACCUUCCCCCUCCCCAAGCUGCGCCUCGAGAUCCGCGACCUCUCCUCGCGCGGCUCCCUGCGCGCCCUCGCCGCCGUCAACCUCGGCGAGUGCGUGCGCGACAGCGCCCUCGCGGUCCUGCGACACCUCUACCGACACGCGCCGUGCCCGCUGCCGACCACGCGCUCCGUCACACUCGUCCUGCGCGACAUGGACGGCGUCGCCUACACCACCGGCAGCGAGCUCGACAACGACCACAAGGAGAUCCACCUCUCCACGCGGCACGUCGACAACCAGACGCCGGAGCGCAUCCGCGACGAGCUCUGCGGCGUGGUCACGCACGAGCUCGUCCACUGCUUCCAGUGUAACGGCCUCGGGACGUGCCCGGGGGGCCUGGUGGAGGGCGUGGCGGACUGGGUGAGGCUGCGGUGCGGGCUGGUGCCGCCGCAUUGGCGCCCCCGCGCGGAGGGCUGCUCGUGGGACGCGGGCUACGAAACCACGGGGUAUUUCCUUGAUUACCUGGAGAGGCAAUGCGGCGAGGGCACGGUGAGGAGGAUUAACGCGAAGCUGCACGCGGAAAAGUACGAGGAGGACAAGUUCUGGCCGGACUUGUUUGGGUCUACAAUCGGGGAACUGUGGGAGACGUACGCUGCUUCGUUAAGUUAA